CUCCGCGUUUGACUGUUGAGCUGCCCAGAGGCCGGCGAUGGACGAGGCGAGGAGCUGGGUCUGAUCUGAUUUGUCUGCACUGAGAUCAGCUCUCCCUUUAGGACUUUGUCCACGCAGACCAGGACUCCAGACUUCUCAAAGAAGGUGAGUGAUUUCAAAUUCCUUGCUGGAGGAAACCAACCACUGUGGCCUCGCUUCCAAGGAUGCAAGUGUGAUUGCCGGCGCCUUCAUGAGCUCCAGAGGUCACAGCACGCUGCCACGGACUCUCAUGGCCCCCCGGAUGAUUUCUGAGGGGGACCUAGGAGGCAUUGCUCAAAUUACCUCCUCUCUCUUCUUGGGCAGAGGCAGUGUCGCCUCCAACCGGCACCUCCUGCAGUCUCGUGGGAUCACCUGCAUCGUUAAUGCCACCAUUGAGAUCCCCAAUUUCAACUGGCCCCAGUUUGAAUAUGUUAAAGUGCCUCUGGCCGACAUGCCUCAUGCCCCCAUUGGACUGUACUUUGACACCGUGGCUGACAAGAUCCAUAGUGUGAGCAGGAAGCAUGGGGCCACCUUGGUGCACUGUGCUGCAGGGGUGAGCCGCUCGGCCACUCUCUGCAUCGCUUACCUGAUGAAAUUCCAUAACGUGUGCCUGCUGGAGGCAUACAACUGGGUGAAAGCCCGGAGGCCUGUCAUCAGGCCCAACGUAGGCUUCUGGAGGCAGCUGAUAGACUAUGAGCGCCAGCUUUUUGGGAAGUCGACAGUUAAGAUGGUACAGACACCUUAUGGCAUAGUUCCAGACGUUUAUGAGAAAGAGUCCCGCCACCUGAUGCCUUACUGGGGGAUUUAAUGCCACCACAGCCUGCAUCAGCAGCCCCUUGAGCAGUACCAGCAUCUGCUACACACCGUCUGCUCCCCUCUUCACCUUUCUUUUCAAAUAGUUGACUUUUGGUUCUUCCUGAAGUGUUUUCUACACUGGGUGUUCGAGCUUAUUUUAAAGAGGGGAGGAACAUAAGGGGAAAGCAUACAUUGCUAGUCACAUUUUUAAAACUAACAUUUUGGAAUAGUGUUUAUGAAAAUCUUUAACUGGCUUUUAAUCAUUUUAAUCAUUUUUAACACUUUGAACAGUUUAGUAAACUGUUUAUUUAGUUCUGCUCUAUUCUGAAACCCAUGCCUUUUGACUUCAGGGCAGGGGCAGGUAGAGCUCAGUGCAAAAACCACUUUGGGCCCUGUCAGCCCUCUAGAGAUGAGCUUUCUCCCAGGCUGCCCACCAACAAUGGCUUAGGGAAGACUGGCACCAGCUUCAGUCUCUAGGGGAGUAACCUUACUCUUUUCCUCUAUUAUUUAGUGACUCUGUAAAUUAAAACAAAUUUAGCUGUUGAGUUACAAUAUCUGCAAAAACCUUCUCGGGAUCAUUGUGCCCCAAGAUUACUAUAUGAGCAUUAUUUUUAAUAAAAAUAUCUGCAUAACACAUUAGAAUUUUUACUAAUGAGAAUUUGAGGGGGGAAAUAGCAGAACGUAUAUAUACACUCUGAAGAAAUGUGCUGUGUCCACUUGUCUCUUGGUGAGAGGAGGGCACCAAAGCAAGUCCUCCAUCAGAGACAUCACUUACUUUUUAACAGAAGGUUUGCUUUUGGUUGACUAUCUGCACACAAAAAUGCCCCAGCCCAAACCACAGUGCAAGACAGAAGUAAUAGGAAUGGCCGCCUCUGUUGAAACCUGGAAGGGUCACCCCGCUCACUGCCCCAAUACAGCCGACAACCCCACUUACCUGGGACUUAGACGUUUAAUUAGCUCUUUUCUGACUCUGCGCUCCUGGGAAACCAGUGAAUGACCAGGGUGUCCUUAUCUGAGCAACAGUUUUCUAGAUUUUUUGGGUCUAUUUUGGCAAGGGCCAUAAAUAUGCUGCCAGUGGCUGCACAUUUAUAUAAACCAUGUUUUCAGAAAUGGGCAACGACCAUAGUUUGCACUUAAAUUCUACCUUUUGUUUCCUAACACAUCUGCUUUUACAAGUGUGCACCACUGUCUAAAUAGGGAAAUUAAAAUCAGAAGUGCCCAUAAAUGCUACAUGAUCAAAAAUAACAGAACAAAGCCCUAAUAACCCAAGGAGGCUCUUAGUGUCUUUAGUAUGAAGGUAAGCUAGCUGGUAGUCUCUGGAGAAUAACAUGCUUCACACUACUAUAGUUAGAACACAUGUGAUGACAAAUCCUGGCUAAUUAAGGAAAAUUUCCUAUAAAAAUCCUGGCAGACAUCACACUCGGCUAUAACUAAGAGCAUUUUUAGCACUUGGGAAGCCUGCACUUGACCUUUCUCUAAAUGUCAAGAGAGUUUACUAGUUGUCACAAAGGAAGGUGUACCUUG